AUUCCUCUAUCUGCCUUUGGCUUAUUACUCUGUUUCUGCUUCCUGUGUGAUUUUCCCCCUUUGUAAGUGCGAUUAGUGAUUCCUUUGCGAGUUUCCCCUUUUGGGGGUUUUCUUCUUCUAAGUUGGGAUUAGCUUAGCCUUGCUUUGGUAUUGUUACGUUUUUUGCUUGGAGCUUGUGGUUAGGUUUUUUUAGCGUUUAAUCCUCCUUUAGCUAGUUUGGUCAUUCUUUGGUAAAGAAGCUAUCACAUUGGUUCGAUUUAGCCACAACCUCAUCUUUGAUCUGUUUCUUGGUCAUAGGUAAAAAUGUCUUCUUUUUCAGGCUAAUAAAUGUGUUACCUUUAGGGUUUUUUUCUAAGUUGGAACUUGUUUAGCUCGCUCUGGUUUAUUACGGCUUUCACUUGUGCAUUGACUUUCAUUUUUAGUGUGAUUAGUGAAAAAUGAUGGGGGUUUUAGCGUUUAGUUUGGUCAUUCUUUGGUAAAGAAGCUAUUACAUAGGUUUGUCUUAUCCACAAACUCAUCUUUGAUCUGUUUUUUUUCAUUGAUAAAAAUGUCUUCUUUUAGCCUUUUUCAGUGUGAUUAAUGAACGAGGAGGAGGAUUUAGUUGCGUAUUAGGGUCUUUUGCUACGGUUUUUUCUUGUUCCAUUGCCUUUUCAGUGUGAUUAGUGAUGAGGAGCUUUAGUUUGGUCAUUCUUUGGUAAAGAAGCUAUCACACUAGUUCGAUUUAGGCGUUUAGCUACAAACUCAUCUCUCUGUUUCUUUUCAUUGAUAGAAGUGUCUUCUUUUUGCCUUUUUCAGUGUGAUUAGUGAAAGUUGAGGAGCUGUUAGUUAGUUUUUUUAGUGUUUAAUCCUUUGAUCAUUCUUUGGUAAUGAAGCUAGGACAUCACAUUUGUUCGAUUUAGCCACAAACUCAUCUUUGAUCUGUUUCUUGUCUUUGAUAAAUAUGUCUUCUUUUGCUAUUUCUUUGUAAAAAUGUCUUCUUUAGCAGUGUGACUAGUGUUACCUUUUAGGGUUGUCUUCUAAGUUGGGAAUUAUUAAGCUUGCUUUGGUUGGCCACGGUUUUUGCUUGUGAAUUACCUUCUGCAGUGAGAUUAGUGAAAUGAGGAGCUUCUAGUUAGGUUUUUUAGCGUUUAAUCCUCCUUUAGUUUAGUCAUUCUUUGGUAAACGCACUCUUUUUGCUAGUUCUUUGAUCUAAUUUGGAAUUAAGCAAAGGUCUCCAAAACUCUCUUGCUUUUUCCUAUCUUUCGUUGAUGCCUUUUGUGAAAAUCGGUUCACUAUGAUUCCCUUCUUAAUGUUCUUACCAUUUCCUGUUCACAUUCAUAAUGUAUUAACAUUGAACCUUGUAAGUUUUCAGGGUUGAAGUAAUUGCAGAUGGCACUCCCCCCCUAUGAUCCCAGUUUCACAAUGGCAUUCAGAAUCGGCGGAGGGACAGAGAUUGUGAAUGACCAAGAGCACGCACUUAAGCUGGAUAGCGUCCAUACUGAGUACUCAGCUCAGUAUUUGGUGGACAAUGCUGGCUCACACGGGCACAAGCUCACUGUCAAAGGCUGCCUUGAGUUUGCUUUAUACAAAGGCAUACCGAAAGCAGAAGAUUGGCCACACUUGGGAUCUGUGUCAAAGCCCCCAUCAUCGUACAAACCUGCUCUCGUUUCCAUGAAAGGACAAGUGAUUGAGCCUAAGGAUAUUGAGGAAGCACGUGACUUGUUGGUGCAUCAACCUGUGGGAGCAAAACUGCAUGUGUUCAGUCCACACCUUGAACUUCAACAAGACGGAAUUUACUGUGGCUCCUCAGGUGAGCCAGCCAGUUAUGUUGGACUUAGAGAUGGGAUCAUUCUUGGAGUCGAGAAGAUCUAUGGAAAGUCCAUCGCGACAGUGAAGGUAUGGUACAAGAGGAAGUUCAUAAUUCUCAAAGUGGCUUUGAGCAGGAUGUUUUAUUACAACUCUCGAAGGGCAGGGCAGCCUCGCAUAAUAGGGCCAUCAGGUCUGCUUGUUGACUUUUGUGUCCCACGCCUAUCCAUCGAUUAGGGAAAGAUAAUAUCUUAUCUAGUGGAAGAAUUUGUUACAGGAGACCUUUUUUUAAUAUAUGUAAGACCCUUGAGAAGUUGAGAUCUCUACUUUCUAAAAGACAUAUUUUGGAUGAUGGAUGUGUCAUUUUAAGAUAUCA